GUUCCGGCGGCGGGUCUCGGGGCCGGGGCCGGGCGGAUCGCGGGCUCGGGCUGCGGGCGCGGAGCCUGGGAGCGGAGCCCCGGCCGAGCCGCACGCGCGGGGCGAUGAAGGGCAAGGAGGAGAAGGAGGGCGGCGCGCGGCUGGGUGCGGGCGGCGGCAGCCCCGAGAAGAGCCCGAGCGCGCAGGAGCUCAAGGAGCAGGGCAACCGGCUCUUCGUGGGCCGCAAGUACCCGGAGGCGGCGGCCUGCUACGGCCGCGCCAUCACCCGGAACCCGCUGGUGGCCGUGUAUUACACCAACCGGGCGCUCUGCUACCUGAAGAUGCAGCAGCACGAGCAGGCGCUGGCCGACUGCCGGCGCGCCCUGGAGCUGGACGGGCAGUCGGUGAAGGCGCACUUCUUCCUGGGGCAGUGCCAACUGGAGAUGGAGAGCUACGACGAGGCCAUCGCCAACCUGCAGCGAGCCUACAACCUGGCCAAGGAGCAGCGGCUCAACUUUGGGGACGAUAUCCCCAGCGCUCUGCGCAUUGCCAAGAAGAAGCGGUGGAACAGCAUUGAGGAAAGACGCAUCCACCAGGAGAACGAGCUCCAUGCCUACCUGACGCGCCUCAUCAUGGCUGAGCGGGAGAGGGAGCUGGAAGAGUGCCAGCGCAGCCUUGAGGGGAAUGAGGAUGACGGUGACGUCCAGGCCCAGCAGGCCAGCAUUGAGGCCAAACAUGACAGGUACCUGGCGGACAUGGAUGAGCUAUUCUCGCAGGUGGAUGAAAAGAGAAAGAAGAGAGACAUCCCCGACUACCUUUGUGGCAAGAUCAGCUUUGAGCUGAUGCGGGAGCCGUGCAUCACGCCCAGUGGUAUCACCUACGACCGCAAGGACAUCGAGGAGCACCUGCAGCGUGUGGGUCACUUUGACCCUGUGACCCGGAGCCCCCUGACCCAGGAGCAGCUCAUCCCUAACCUGGCCAUGAAAGAGGUCAUCGAUGCCUUCAUCUCCGAGAACGGCUGGGUGGAGGACUACUGAGGCGGGUGGGUUCAAGAGGCCCAGCUCCCUCCUGGGGCCUAGCCUAUCCUGGCUUCAGCCCCUGUACAUAGUUUGUGUUCCUUACCCUAGCCCUAUACCCACCCCCAACCCCAAUUGGUUUUGCUUUCUGGGCCACAGCCUGCCCUGUCAUACUACCGGGUGGGAGGUAGACAGUAGGUAAAAGUGGGCUUGGCUGAGGCCCACUGUUGCCUCCACUGUCCCUGUAAUAAACCUGUGACGCCCUGG